AUGAGCUUCCAGGAAGGCCACCAACAACCAACAACCAACGCUUGGGGCUCAAGACAUGGAGUUACCGGACAAGGAGAGACGAGGUCAAAUAGGGCAGACGGACAAAGGGGCGUCACAGGCUACUCGAUGCAUGAAGCUGGAGGAGGAGAGAGCGGGCAGUCAGAACCACGCAAGCAGAAAACAGAGCGCAGAGCCGGGUGUGUCUCUUCUCAUUUCAUGUCGCAGCCGGCAAGUAUGACGGAACCCUUGGUUUGUGCGCCAAGCACCGGACCAGCAAGCCAUCAUCCCCAUCACGUCAGCCAAAACCUCGCCGGAUUGCUCCAAAAUGGUUGGGCCCGCCUUCUGUUGGUGCUCUCCCCGCCGCAGCCCGCGCACAAAAGCUUGCUUGUUAGGGUUAAGCCAUUGGCUUAG